UUCCGUAAAUCGUUAAUUUCGCCAUUUGGAUCGCGACCGUCGUUAAGGUUAAGGGCCAAAAUCGUCGUCCGCGACGAAGGGGAGGCCGACUGUCUCCCUGGGAAACGAGCAUUCUGCUCACCGCUGUUCGCGUACUUUCCGUGCAGCACCGCAUCGACUGUCGAACGCCGACACAUCGAAGCACACUUUUUUACCAUUUGGUACUGACGAAACAUGGCUUAUUGAAGAAGAUGAAGGGUGUGCGAAGGAAUAUCGUUUCUCCAAACGGAGGAGAUCGCAGCUACGACGAAGUGCGUCAUCAGGCCGAGUACGGUCGUUUCUCAAAUGGAUGUAAGGUCAAAGUUCGCGCCGUCCCCCGUCGAGGGGACUGCUGCUGACGUGAAGAAGGAUCAAGAUGUUAAUGGUAAGCAUCAUCCAAGAACAUUGCGCAAAAAGGACCCUGAUGGCACCAAGAACAAUGUGCAGCCGACCAGGUACAAUAUACAAAAAACAAAAGAUUUUGUUAAGAGACAGAAAUUUAAAGGACAAUAUCAUGGCGGUGCAGAGGAGAAUUCCAAGGUAGUGGUGAGGAAGUUGCCUGAGCGAGGCUCAGUAUUGGUCCAAAGAAGCAAAAAGGAGAAUGGCAAUCACUUGCUGAAUUUUCGCUACGAGCGAGACAAAGUGGGAGAUGCAGGGGGAUUAAACAGGAAUACAGGGAGAUACGGCCGCAAGAAUAACAGAUCGCUUCCACCAGUGCAGCAGCAUAAGUACAACAAGGAACAGUUUGUGCAAUCUAGCUGCCAAUUUGUUGUGUCUGCGUGCGGCGAUUAUUCCUUACAUCUGAGCGACCCCGAUACUCUUGUGGAUUGGAAACUGAUCGAGCAAGUUAAAUUCUACAGCUCGGAAGAACUCUUUUGUCCGAUCUGCUUGCAUGCUCCAGCCGCAGGCAGAAUAACUCGCUGUGGUCACAUCUAUUGCUGGCCUUGUAUCCUCCGCUACUUAUACAUCUAUGAUGAUAACGACAGUUGCAGAUGCCCCAUCUGCUAUGAAUAUGUUCACAAGAACGAUUUGAAGAGUGUGACCGUAAUUACGCGAAGCACGUUCGCAUUGGGCGACAUCAUCAGCCUACGUUUGAUGCGUCGUGAAAAGGACUCGCUGUUCGCAGUCCCAGCGGAACUCGCGAUUCGCCCACCAACGACAUUCUUAUCAGUCUCCGAAAGUGCUGAUAAUAAAAUAUAUUCGAAGCUUCUUAUUGCGAGCGUAAAGGACAUCAUGGACAUCAUAGAAAAUGAGCGUUUCCAACUGGAAGAUGAACUUCAGAAGAAUCCCGAGAUGCUCGACUACAUCGAACAAGCACUCGGUGAACUAUCAAAGAGACAGGACAAGUUACAAGAGUGUGCAGAGAGCAAGAAUACAUUACCUGUGGAGAACGUAACAGGGAUCGUUGAAGAAACAUUGCAAGAUAAUGAUAAGAACGUUAAUGGGUGCUUGAAGAAUAUUGAUGCCAAGUCUCUGGCAAAACAAUCUUCGACAGACAGCGCUUCCAGCGAUAGUCAGCUUUCUUCAAGUCCUCCCAAAUUUUCUUAUUUUUAUCAAGCGGAGGAUGGACAACAUAUAUAUCUUCAUGCCGUGAAUGUGCAGAUGUUGAAGGAGGAGUAUGAGGAUCUAGAGAAAUGCCCUUCCAUAAUAAGGGGUAAACUUCUCGAAAAGGAAGCGAGUAUUUACAUGGAGGACGUAAAACGAAGAUUUCGCUAUCUUAAGCACUUGCCACUUAACUCACCAUUCGAACUGGCGGAGAUCGAAUUAAAACCACCACUUGUGUCGGCAAAAGUUAUUCGUGCUUUUCAUGAGGAACUAAAUUCAAGACAAAAACGCAGAGAGCAAAAGAAACGCGAGGAAAAGAAACUGGAAGACAAAAUAACGGAAGAAGAAAACAGAUUGAUCGGCAUAUAUCCAACGCCCAACAUAGACAUUGAAUCAUAUCAAGAAUUCCCUGAGUGGCAACCGGACCAGCUUUCCAAGGAUUAUAUAUCAUCUCCAGAAUCAGCUUCUUCAAGUACCGUUGAUAGCUCGCCCGCCAACUCGUCUAUUUCCAAUUUUGAAUCAAUUUCAUCAAAUACUCCAUUGAGUACGCUUGAUGAAAUUGCUUUAAAACGGGAAACUGAUUGGUCACAAGAACAGGGCUUGACUUUUGCCGCUAUUCUGACGGGGACGCGUAACAAAUCUUUCGAUCCUUGGCCGUCCGUAAAAUCAAAGAAGUACUCCAAUACAGUGAGCGCAUCGUCCAAUAAAAACGAAGAAACAUCGCUAGCUACGAGGAGGGCAUACAACAAACCUGCCACCGCUUGGCCGUCUGUAAAAUCGGACAAUUCCUCCGGAACACCGAAUACAUCAUCCAAUGAAGACGAGAAAGAGACGUACGUUCGUGAACAAAAGUCCCGGUUUCCCGAUCACGAUACAGAACAGAGCAAGCUACCAGAGCCAGAAGCAAGAGAUGACGGUAACACGGUUGGCAAGAAGAAGAAGAAGAAGAAAGGAAAAGGAACCGUGUUAUUCAAAACUGGUAUAACAUCCGGGUACUCAUUAUGAUUAUGUGUGCGAUUACAUAUUUUCUGCUAUUCAUUUCGCUAUUCCGCGCAUUAUAAUAAUAACGGUAAUUGGUAGAAUUACGUUGAAUCGAUCGUAGGAAAUUCAAGAUUUUUUGUUUUAGCUCUCGCCAAUGUUAUUUGACGUAAUGUACAACCUGCGUACUAAUGUCCUUAAUUUUACAUUAAAAUUAUUGUAAUCAUUUGCCAUAGGGUUCUUGCAUAUUGUGCUUAUGAAUAAAAUUUUACUUCGUUCAUGCUACACA